AUGGCCGUCGAGGACCUGAGCACGGAUUUGCGCGCGCAUUUGACCGACACCGUGGGACUAGACUUGAGGCACGACGCACUGUCGGAAAGGGAGGUGCUUUUUGCAUCUAUUCUGGGACUCAUGAGGGCGCAGACCUUGUCCUCAACAGUUUUAUGUCCGGUGAUCCACCGCUUUCCCGAGCAGCUUUGCGGAAGCUGGUCUGCGACACCAGAAGGCCAGCGUGCAAAAGUAUUUUUGGAUGCCGGCGGCGAUGCUAUGGACCAAAAUAAGAUGUGGCAACUGAUGCUAUACACCUGGCUUGGGGCUGGAGGCGUCAGUGGGCUUCCGUGGAAGCAUAUGUUGGCAACCGAUGGUCUGACCCACUACGAGCCCAGCUCAGAUCAAGCGAUGGCAGUGGUCAAGUUCGCAAUGCUGUAUACACAGUGCUGUGGUAAUCACGUUCUGAAGUUCUUUGGAAGUGACGGUCGUGACAAAGGGCUACGGUUUAGUCAAGACAAGUUCUUAAUGCUGAAGGCGUGGCAUGCUUCGGUUCCAGCCCUGACUGCCGCAUUCAACUUCAAUACAGCAAGCUUCGUGUCAAAGAUGCGUGGCAUCGAUGGCUUUGGAGAACUGGCCGUUAAAGAAGUCUUGAGUUACCUGGGUGUCUCCGGACAUGAACGGUUUCGCACGAUGGCGUUUCAAUUCAUACCCUUCGGUCCAGGGGCGAAGAAUGGUGCAUCUUUGUUCUUUGGAUGCACACGGAAGCUUCUGCAGCUGGCGACAAACUUGCAGCCACACAUCCAGGAGUAUGUGGCGAAAUGCUUUCCGACUGUUGAGCCUGGAGUUACUGUGGUCGAUAUAGAGAUAUUUCUUUGCUACGGUUAUACAUAUUGCAAGAUGGUACAACAGCUGCGGUCAGGCUCAGGGACUUACAAGGUGCCCGCUGGGUGGAGCCCGAGGGACCACAAGUCCAUCACUCCGCGCUUUGAUGGCGAACUCACGGCGCGUGAGGGAGUUCCGCACAGACAUCUGCAGACACCGUGGCGUUUGGCGUCUUUGUGGGGCUUUCAAUCCCUUGCAAAGCACUUCGGGCAGAUUUCGGCGAAGCACGCAAAGAAGCGUCCCGCGAAAGCUCUGACAGGGACCUCGUGA